GUAGGUUUGAGUUGAGGGAAAAACUAGGCGGCAAGUUCUUACAGUAACAGCUUUUCAAAGGCAUUUGCUCAGCUGACAGACGAGAAAGGCAAAACGCAAGCAAAUGGUUAGCAUUGACGAGUGGGGCCGAGGGGCCUGGUUUUGUGUGGAGUUGCUCUGCAUCUGCGGAGGUAGGGUUAACAGACGCCGAGGACGGUCUUCCAGCCGAACUGUUGCUUAGUUGCCCGAGUUGUGCGGGAUGAUACUGCCGCUGCUGCCGCAGUGAAUGGCGCUAGUGUGUGCAGAGUGAGAGGCUGCAUUCACACAGCCGCUUCCUGUGGGCGAAGAAUGCGCAGCUGGUAGCGAAUGAAUGCUUGUGGGAGGCGCAGGCUGGGGCUGGGGCUGUGCGGGGCCAGGCGGGGCUGACACCGCGGCUGGACCGAGAUUCGGACCCGCUCAGUGCCUCGCGGGGCCGCGUCCGGACACGGGACAGACCGUGGCCAUGUCUCGCACAGCCGGGGGCGAGGAGUAAGCGGCAGGAAUGGACGAAACCAUCCGGAUCAUGGAGGACCUCAACCUGCUCUACAUCCGCCAGAUGGCCGAGAGUCUGCAGGACUCUGAUUUCCAGAAGAAGAUUGACUACGAAAUCCGAAUGCGGGACGGGGCCUGCAAGCUCCUUGCAGCGUGUACGCAGAAGGACCAGACGCUGGAAGCAGCCAAGAGCCUGAUGGUCUGCAACGCACGCAUCACGUCCUACCUGUCCCAGGUGCAGAGGAUGAAGGAAGCUCAGGUGAUGCAGCGGCGCGUAAGACGAUCCUCGGACGCUGGGCUCCUUGAAGAUCGUUUACCCUGCAAGGGGACAGUCAGUAUAUCAGAUCUUCGAAUUCCUUUGAUGUGGAAAGACACUGAUUACUUCAGAAAUAAAGGAGACGUUCAUCAUUAUGCAGUAUUCGGCCUGAUGCAGAUUGGUUGUGACAUUUACGACACGGAGAUGGUGAUUGUGAAUCGUACCGUCACUGACAUCUGCUUUGAAAGUGCUGUUGUGUUUCCCAGUGUUGGACCUGACUUUGAACUGAAGCUGGAGUUAUAUAGCUGUUGUAUGGACGAGGAUUUCUCCAUCGCUAGUGCACCGAGAAAGUUUGCGAGCAAGCUAAGCAGCUCACUGGGACGUUCCUCAGGAAGAAGGAUUCGAGCUGGGCUGGACAUCGCAGGAGAAAGUUCUGUGUCUAAUGGAGGCACAAGUCCCAUCUUGCUGCCAGCUUUGCCUGUCAGGGGCCCAAAAUAUCACCUUUUAGCCCACACCAGCCUGUCUCUUUCAGUGGUCCACAGCAGUUUCCGAACACACAGUCUCAAGGUUGUCGGAAGUGAGGAGUGUUCCUUCUGGUUGCCUCUCUAUGGCAGUAUCUGUUGCCGCCUAACCGCGCAGCCUCGGUGUAUGACACAGCAUGUGAAUACAGGUGUUUUAAACCUGCAGCAGCUGGUUGGUGCCCUGCACAAUUGGACCAGGAUGUACUGCGUUUUACAGGGAACUAAUCUCUUCUGUUACUAUUCUCCGGAGGAAGUCGAGGCCAAGGUGGAAGCUGCCUUCACUAUUGCGAUCAAUAAGGAAACACGUAUCAGGGCAACAGGAAAAGAGCCCAAGAGAACAUCAAACUGCAUCUUAAUAACGAAUCAAUUUGCAGGGGAGGAGGUGACACACACCCUCGUCACUGACUCGUUGGAGGAGAUGCACAGAUGGAUGGAGGCCUUCUGGCAGCAUUUCUAUGAUAUGAGUGCGUGGAGACAGUGCUGUGAUGAACUGAUGAGAGUCGAAACUGCGUCUCCCCGGAAACUGCCCGUAACAAUUUCCAAGAAGGGAGCGUCCCUGUAUCACGAGACCGUUAUUGACUCCGCAGACAACACUGACCCUGCUGUGGACAUGCUGAGCGGCCACAUUCAGACAGACGCUGGCUACAGAGAUGGAACCCUGCCCCCCUGGUACGCACUUUUUGAGAACUCUCAGAAGCGAGUGUGUAAAAGCACUGUCCCCUUGCUCUGUGGUGGUGUGGUUUCAGAGAGAGAUGGCCUCUGCACGGACUGGAUACAACGCCAUGCAUUUGACCUCCAGCCGACAGAUAAGGACUGGAAUGCCCAGGGUCUCUGUGCUGGAGAGAGUCACUUCACAAGGCCACGAACCCAAUCCUUGGAUGCCAAACUUAUGAGCUUGAAGUGCCAAGCCCAAAGGGCAGAAGCUUUAUCAAACAAACGCUCUGUACUGCUAUCGACAAGCUCCACGCAGACCUGCAGUGCAGACUACAACCCCGAAACUGAGCUGAAGCUCGCCUCAGCACCAGCUUCUGAGGAACAGAGUUCUAGCCUGCCCACCAGUACACGACAGCAGACACAGGUGUAACCGGGAAAUCAGCAGAGGUGUACCGUGGUAACGGAUAUCGUGGCAGCUCCACUCUUUGUCCCCACGGCACAGCUGCCACGACUGUGGAUCUCUGGUGGGCCAGGGUUGAGGGAGAAGGCCUAUGGGGAUUGAAACGGGAGAGAAAAGAGAAUUGGGAGCAGGGUUGGAUCACGGCUCCACGCCAGCCUCAUCAUCCACCUGUCACUACCCUCCAACUGCAGACCUGCUCCCUUCCCCUACCUAGUUGUCUUUUUCUCAGCCCCCUGUACACCUUCAGUCACUGCCAAAUCCCUACUCAGCACAACCCCUGCUCGCCUUACACCAAAAAUCUCCCCGCCCACUUUACACGAGAAAUCUCCCCACCCACUUUACACCGGAAAUCUCCCCGCCCACCUUACACCAGAAAUCUCCCCGCCCACCUUAGGCCGGAAAUCUCCCUGCCCACCUUAGGCCGGAAAUCUCCCUGCCCACUUUACGCCGGAAAUCUCCCUGCCCACUUUACGCCGGAAAUCUCCCUGCCCACUUUAGACCGGAAAUCUCCCUGCCCAUUUUGCGCCGGGAAUUUCCCCGCCCACUUUACGCCGGAAAUCUCCCCGCCCACCUUAGGCCGGAAAUCUCCCUGCCCACUUUACGCCGGAAAUCUCCCUGCCCACUUUAGACCGGAAAUCUCCCUGCCCACUUUAUGCCAGAAAUCUCCCUGCCCACCUUACGCCGGAAAUCUCCCUGCCCACUUUACGCCGGAAAUCUCCCUGCCCACUUUAGACUGGAAAUCUCCCUGCCCACUUUAUGCCAGAAAUCUCCCUGCCCACCUUACGCCGGAAAUCUCCCUGCCCACUUUACGCUGGAAAUCUCCCUGCCCACCUUAGGCCAGAAAUCUCCCCGCCCACUUUACACCAGAAAUCUCCCCGCCCACUUUACACCAGCCAUUCUCCCUUCUCAGUUCUGAUGCUCUCUUUUUCCUGACACAUUGAGAUUUCAAUCCAGCCCCACAGAUGUUGCUUGAGCUGCUGAGUUCCUCUGGCAGUGUGUGAAUCUGGAUUCUAGCAUUGUCCGUCUCAUGUGCCCCCACCACGACUCCUCCUCUGUGCCAGCUUCCCAUCAACCUCAACGUUCCAUCUUUCAAAUAUUUGACUGUUUUCACCUCGUACCUGUUACCUGAUCUGACCUCCAGCUCUGCAUGUUUGACCUUAAUUUCAAUGGUCUCAUCAUCCAGGCCCUUCUACCUGUUUUCGUAUAGGAGCAAACUCGGCGAGUUCUCACUUUGUUUCCUCUGCAGGACAUUGAUGAACAGAAAGAAAAAGAGGCCCAAGAACCAAUCCUCACGUUAUAUCCCUCCUGUUGGGAAAGUCUGUGGCCUAUAAUCCAUGCCAACACAUUCCCUCCUGUUGGAAACGGGCCUGUCUAAUCCAUGCCAACACACUCUCCCCUGUUGGAAACAGGCCUGUCUAAUCCAUGCCAACACACGCCCUCCUGUUGGAAACAGGCCUGUCUAAUCCAUGCCAACACACUCCCGCCUGUUGGAAACAGGCCUGUCUAAUCCAUGCCAACACACGCCCUCCUGUUGGAAACAGGCCUGUCUAAUCCAUGCCAACACACUCCCGCCUGUUGGAAAAAUCUUUGUGAUUUAUCAUCCAUGCCAGCACACCCCACUCCCCCCGUUGGAAAACGGCUCGUCUAAUCCAUGCCAACACCCUCCCCCCUGUUGGGAAUGGGCCUGACUGAUCCAUGCCAACACAUUCCAUCCAGUACAUAAGGGCCCUUCUUGAACACUACAGCACAGAAACAUACGCUUUGGUCCCUCAUUUAAACUGCCUGGUUCCACUGAUCUGCACCUUGACCACAGCCGUCCAUAUCCCUGCCAUCCAUGUACAUAUAAACAUUUCUCUUAAAUGUUGAAAUUGAAAUCACAUGCACCACUUUUAUUGGCAGCUUGUUCCUUGCUGUCAUGAUCCACUGAGUGAAGAUGUUUCCCAUCAUGUUCUCCUUAAGCAUUUCACCUUUCACCCUUAACCCAUGACCUCUGGUUGUAGUCCCAUCCAACCUCAGUGGAAAAGGCAGCUUACGUUUACCCUAUCUAUACCCCUCAUAAUUUUUGUAUACAUCUAUCAAAUCUCUCCUCAGUCUUCUAUGAUUUAAAGAAUACAGUCCUAACCUAUUCAAUCUUUCCUUAUAACUCAGGUCCUCCAGACCAACAACAUCCUUGUAAAUUUUCUCUGCACUCUUUCAAUCUUAUUUACAUCUUUCUUGUGGGUGGUGACCAAAAGUGCAAAUAAUAAUCCAAAUUAGGCCUCACCAAUGUCUUGUAGAACUUCAACAUAACAUACUUUGAAUAAUGAAGUGUGCCAAUGGCUUAUUAUCCAUGCCAACACACUGCUUCCUGAAACCAGAGAUCUACCUUAAUGCACCAGCCUGUUAUGUGGCAAUUUGUGCCUUUUGGAAAUCUAAAUGCACAAUAUCUACUGUAAACUCUUCCUGUUACAUCCUCAAGAAAUCUGAGCAAAAAAAGGUCAAAUAUUGUUUACCUUUCAUCAUACCGUGUUGACUGUGUUUGAUUGGAUUCACUUUUCUGAAAUGAUGAGAGGGACAUAGGCCAUGUCCCGCUGGCCUGUGAUAACACAGUAUUGUUCUGUGCCUUUCUUCCUGCAUCUGAAACAUCUGUGAAUGGUGGUGUUCUGCAGGAAUCCCUACUGGGAUCUCUGCUGUUUGUGAUAUUACUCUGGCUGGAGGUCCAUCACUGGUGGUGUUCCGCACAGAUCUGUACUGACGGAGGUUCACGAGGAUGAUCCCAGCAAUGAAGCGGUUAACCUGUGAGGAGCAAUGAAGGGGUUAACAUAUGAGGAGUGUUUGGCAGCUUUGGGCUUGUGAAUUUAGAGGAAUGCAGGGGAUCUCAUUGAAACCUACUGAAUGUUGAAAGGACUAAUUAAGGUGGAUGUGGAGAGGAGGUUUCCUGUGGUGGGGGUAUCCAGAACAGCCUCAAAAUUGAGGGGCCACCUUUUAGAACAGAGGUAAGCAGGUAUAUUUUUAGCUAGAGAGUAGUGAAUCUGUGGAAUACUGUUCCACAGACUGCGAUGGAGGCCAAGUCCAUCAGUAUAUUUAAAGCAGAAGUUGAUCAUUUCCUGAUCGGUCAGGGCAUCAAAGGACAUGGUGAGAAGUCAGGUGUGUGGGGUGGAGUGGGAUCCGAGAUCUCUCAUGAUAGAAUGGUGAAGCAGACUCAAUGGGCUGAAUGGCCUAAUUCUGCUCCCAUGUCUUAUGAUCUUAUGAACUUGUCAGGCCAUGGGGAUUUAUCCCCUCUGAUUUUUCCCAGGACAGCAAACACCUGUGGAUAGUGUGGAGGGCUGUCAGACGUUACGGCGGGACAUUGAGAGGAUGCAAAACUGGGCUGAGAAGUGGCAGUUGGAGUUCAACCCAGAUUAGUGUGAGCUGGUUCAUUUUGGUAGGUCAAAUAUGGCAGAAUAUAGUAUUAAUAGUAAGACUCUUGGCAGUGUGGAGGAUCAGAGGGAUCUUGGGGUCUGAGUCGAUUGGACACAAAGCUGCUGCACAGGUUGACCCUGUGGUUAAGAAGGCAUACGGUGCAUUGGCCUUCAUCAAUCAUGGGAUUGAGUUUAGGAGUUGAAAAUGUUGCAGCUAUAUAGGACCCUGGUCAGAUCCCACUUGGAGCACCGUGCUCAGUUCUGGUCGCCUCACUACAAGAAGCAUGUGGAAACCAUAGAAAGGGUGCAGAGGAGAUUUACAAGAAUGUUGCCUGGAUUGGAGAGCAUGCCUUAUGAGAAUAGGUUGAGUGAAUUUGGCCUUUUCUCCUUGGAGCGGCAGAGGAUGAGAGGUGACCUGAUAGAGGUGUACAAGAUAAUGAGAGGCAUUGAUCGUGUGGAUGGUCAGAGGCUUUUUGCCAGGGCUGAAAUGGCUAAUAUGAGAGGGCAUAUUUUUAAGGUGCUUGGAAGUAGGUACAGAGGUUAGUUUUUUUUACGCAGAGAGUGGUGAGUGCGCAGAACGGGCUGCCGGUGACAGUGGUGGAGGUGGAUACGAUAGGGUCUUUUAAGAGACUUCUGGAUAGGUACAUGGAGCUUAGAAAAAUAGAGGGCUAUGGGUUACCCGAGGAAAUGUAACUUUCGCUUCGGCUAGCAGCCCGGCCUAUCUUUAGAAAUGUCGCUUAGGUGGAUGCUGCGUGAUG